UGUUUUGCAGCUGUACCUCUCCUCGCCGUGAGGUGGCAGUCAUGCGCUGCUGGAGUUGUGUUCAGCCACUGAAGAAAUACCGAAGAAGAUCAGCAGCAGAAAUGCUCCCGGAGGCUAACGAUGGAUCUGGGUGUUAAAGCAGCGCGUCAGGCUGCUGCUGCUGGGGGUGUCACGCCGCUGCAUGUCGACCCCUUCCUGUGUGAAAUUUCCUCCCACGUUGCUCCGUUGGACACGUAGCUGUUAUCGGGACCGAGGGACUCUCUGCCCGCUGCUGCCAUGUCCAGAACCACUCGUCGAUACAAGGCUCUGCAGCAGAGCAAUGGGGGCGGCUCGCUUCCCGGCUGCGACCGAGUUCGUCAGCCUCGAGCUCGGGUCCUGCUGCUCUGCCUCCUCGGUGUUCUGGUGCUGUCCCUGGUGCUGGGGUUCUACCUGUCCAGCGUGGCUGACAGCAGAAGCGGGGACCGUGUGCCGCAUACAGAUCUGACCAAAGACCGGCUGUCGCACAAGCCCAGUAAAUGCCAUCCAGCUCAAAUCCGCCAUCUGGCCUCUCAGGUGGACGGCACACGCUUGUUUGAAGCUCAUCUGCGUCCCAUCCUGAUAGAGCGGCUUCCGGGUACACGAGGCAGCCUGGCUGUGCAGCAGCACAUCACCUCCUCCCUGUCUUCACUGUCUGCUGGCUGGUCGGUAGAGCUGGACUCCUUCCAGUCCCCGACCCCUCGUGGUCAGGUCACUUUCACCAACAUUGUUGCAACUCUGGAUCCCAUGGUUCCACGGAAGCUCCUCCUGGCCUGCCACUACGACUCCAAAGUUCUGCCCAGAGACCCACGGGCCCCUGAGAUAGUCUUUCUUGGGGCGAGUGACUCUGCAGUGCCGUGUGCCAUGAUCCUGGAGCUCGCCACCUCUCUGGAUGCACAGCUUAAAUUGUUUAAACAUCAGACCUUUCCGGUCACUCUCCAGCUGGUGUUCUUCGAUGGCGAGGAGGCGUUUGAGGAGUGGACCGACACAGACUCGCUGUACGGCUCUCGUCACCUGGCCGAGCUCAUGGCUAACAGCGCCCACCCCGCUGCCUCCGUUCACGCCAGCAUGCUGCAGGCCGUGGACCUGUUUGUGCUGCUUGACCUGCUCGGUGGUCCCGAUCCGUUAAUAGCGAAUCACUUUGACAACACGGCACGCUGGUUCGAUCGGCUGAUUGCUGCAGAGAAGAGGCUCCAUCGACAGGGUCUCCUGAAGUCUCACCCAUCGGAGCAGACCUACUUCAGAAAGGAUGUGUACCUGGGACCUGUGCAGGAUGACCACAUCCCCUUCCUUCACAGAGGUGUCCCUGUGCUGCACAUCAUCCCCACUCCUUUCCCUCAGUUCUGGCACACGCUGGACGACACCGAGGAGAACAUGCACCGGCCGACAGUAGAGAACCUCACCAAGAUCAUGGCUGUGUUUGUGGCGGAGUAUCUAGGCUUGACUACAUAAAGCCCCCACAGAGAUGCAGAGAUAUUGAAGAAGAAGCUGUGACUUCUAAAUAACCUGGAUAGUCCUCAAUCUAGUGGAUGAGUUUGAACUCAAAAGAUGUGUGAAGUGGAUACAGUCUUAAAAAUGAAUAAUAACUUUUUUCCUUUGGUUUUGGGGAGGAAAAACGAGCCUUAUUAGCUUUUUUAAAUAGAUUUAUCUUCUUAAUGGAAGAAAGAUGCACUUUUAUGAGGCAGCUGUGCUCAUCAGAUGUCUCUAACCUGUCAACAGUGAACAUCAGCAGCUUACAUUGGUGAAUAAUUGAUCUGGCAUGCUUUCAGAUCAGAGAGAAUCCCGAUCACCGGGCUGCGUUCUGUACACUUACAACUUUAAAGAUGUUGUUAGAAACAAAAUGUGAUCAUUUUUAACUCAAAGAAAAAAAAUCAGUUUAUUCAUUCCUGUGAGGUCAAAAACACUGAAAAUUGCUGUUACUAUAUGCAGCCUCUGGAUACAGAAUGUGUUAAACAAGACCCAAAAGAGGUGUAGCAGUUGUGAAUAAAGGUUUACGGUACAGGGAAGACUGGGAAUGUCCAAUCCAAUGGAAGCCUUUAUAUCAUUUCAUUGUGUAUGUCCUGGAUAAUUGUUUGUUUGGUCAAAUUUUAGUAAUAAAACAAAAAGGAAAAAAAGAA